AUGAAGCAUUCUGUGUCGAAGUGGGUGGUUGCCACCGCCGUUACCGCCGCCAGCCUGGUCGCAGCCACUCCCGCACCCACCACUGAGGCUGUUACUGGCUCCCAAGCCAAGGCAGCUUGCGCACAAGUAAGCGACGCCUGGAGCAAAGGCGCUACUGAAGUUACUGCUGCCCAAGCGUACGCUUGUCUGACUUCCGUCGCUUUGGACCGCAAGGCGGCCAUCGCAUGGGUUGACUCCAUCCGUCCCUACUUGGAGUGGCAGAGUGAUCCCACAUACAAGGCCAACCCACCAGCCGAUUACGACUAUGCUGGACACGAUAUUUUCAAGGCAAUCGACCAUAUCCGCUCAAAGCUCACCAGCGGCGAGUAUGCCAAUGAGUACGAGUUCCAAGCGGAUCUACUCGGCUCCGUCUUUCUCCCCGGGCACGAUGGUCAUAUGUACCUUUACCCUGACCUCUUGGCCCGUGCCAGUACCUUUUCUCGCAGCGCUGAUCAAGCCCUUGUUUCUGUUUCUGAUGAUGGGUCGGCUACUCCCUCCAUCAAGUUCUACACCGACGUCGCCAACAACCUCAAAACAGCGAGUGUUGUCACCAAGAUCAAUGGUGUCGACGCAAGCACCUAUUUGCUCAACUAUGUCAUCAAGACUUCAAGCUCUCAGACAAAGGACGCUGGCUACAACCAAAUGUUCUACCAAAGAGCACAGGCCGCAUUCAACUCACCUUGGGGCAACCACGUCAGUGGUGGUCGCGGAAAUCUGCUCUACCAGGGCGCCAACACCACGUACACGUUUAAAAAUGGCACAACCCGAACAUUUGAGAACCGCGCCAAGCUACGAGGCGAUUUUAGCGGCGUUGUUGACGGUCCAAGUUUCUACAAGAAGUUUUGCAGCCCAAGAACGCCCCCCGAGGCCGCACCAGUUUCGAAACCACCAAUGACCAAUGUCCCAGGAUAUCCUGCCCCAGUCGUCUUAACCCACGAUGGUAUUGUAUCCGGAUACUACUUGGAUGGCGACAAGUACGCCGAUACUGCUGUUUUGUCCCUUCUUGCAUUCCAGAGCGCUAGCAUGGCAGAAUUCCAAGACGUCAUUACACAAUUCUUUGCCAAGGCGCGCCGUGAUGGCAAAACGAAGCUUAUCAUCGAUUUUCAGGCCAACCCUGGAGGUCUCGUUCUCCACGGCUUCGACCUCUUCCGCCAGCUCUUCCCCAGCAUCAUUGAAGAAAACCAGUCUCGUUUUAGAGCUGGCAAAAUUGUCCUUGAUGUUUCCCACGAGAUAAGCGAUGACUACAAGAGGAACAGCAGCGAUGUGGGUGCCUACAUACCCUUUGCUUGGCAAAAUGAUUACGAUGAGAACUGGCAGCGCUUCUCCGACUUUGAGAGCAAAUUUGGACCCUUCAAUGUUAACCACAACCCUUACACCGCGUUGAUGCGCUACGACUUUCAGUCCAAUGACUGGGGAUUCAAUGUUACUGGUUACGGUAACCGCACCGGAUUUAUUCAGCCUUUCGAAGCUGAAAACAUCGUUCUCUUGUACGACGGUUACUGUGCAUCCACUUGUACCAUUGCUUCACAACUCCUCAAGGAUCAGACUGGCAUCAAAUCGGUUGCCAUUGGUGGACUUCCCAACAAGAAGGCAAUGCAGGGAGUCGGUGGCAUCAAGGGUUCUAACGACUACGAGCUGUCAUACAUCAACAAUCUCAUCCAAGCAUCCAAGGGCCUAUCCAGCAACCCCAGGCACAUCGCUGAUUUCAACCGAUACACGCCUUUAGCGUUCGAAAGGGCCUAUGCUUCUGCCCUCAACGUCCGUGACCAGAUCCGCACAGUUGACAUCGAUAGUGGUUUGCCUGCUCAGUAUGCUCAUGAGGAUUCAGAUUGCCGCCUCUAUUGGACAGCGCCUAUGCUCAAUGACAUUACCAGCGUCUGGAAAGCCACUCAUGAUGCCGCAUUCAACAACGGCCGGUGUGUUAAUGGCGGUAUUUCCCAUCGAAGACGUCGUGCCACUCAUGCCGCCGAUAAGUACACGGCUCCUGUGCCCGACUUGACGCAACAGGGAACACCUCUCCUUAAGGGUUCCUACCCAGCAGACAACUACGAUAGCAAAUUCCGCAACGAGUUGAUCCCCAAAGUGUUUACGCUUGAGUAGUCGCGAAGAAGCAGACGCUUGUUCUUUUCUUCAUGCUCUUCUUACUACUUCACAGCCAAGACUUUAUUUUCCAUGCUAUGGACCUAGAAUAUGUAGAUAAUUGUCACAUAUGUAAAACAGUAUAUGGAACACGAUUAUAUUUUAAUGCAUUGUAUCAAAAGUAUACUAGCAUAUACGCAUGGUUCGCAAACAGCCUCUGAAUAACAAACUCGGCGA